AGUUUGGCGGACUCUAUUAUUUUCGUAUCACGCACUAGGAUUGACAAGGAAGGAAUUUGUGUGUAAUCAUCAGAAUGUUGAGUGAUGGAGAAGGAGUUUAUCAUCAUCCUCCAAGUUCAGGAUCUUUUGUUGUGCCUCAUUUACCACUAAUAGAAGAAGCAAGAGAGAAAGGUAUUAAGCAUUUUGGACAUCAACAUCCCUUGACGUGGUUCAAGAAAGAUGUUAGAAGUGGAUCUAUAGAUGCAUUGUAUUGCGAUGUUUGUAGCAAUGGUUUUAUAGGAAUUGAAAGAAGUGGGUUCACUUGUUGUAUAAAAAAAUGCAAAGGUUAUAAUCUUCACGAAUUUUGUGCAUCUUUACCCGAAGAGAUGAAAGACUAUCCACAACAUCCACAACAUCCUUUAAUCCUCUCCACAACCACACACCCAGGUUUCAUUUGUGAUGUUUGCAAACCUUACUCGUUGUUGGAGCCGAAGCCAUUCCGCUAUCACUAUCGCUGUGUUGUUUGCGAUUUUGAUGUGGAUCUAAGAUGCGCAAUGAUUUCCUAUAGGGAUAGUAUUCGCACUCUGCACAACCACGACAUGGGUUCUCAUUUUGAUGAAAAACCAAUUGAUUAUCCUCCAAUUAGUUCAGGUUCUUUUCUUGUGCCUCAUUUACCACUGAUAGAAGAAGCAAGAGAGAAAGGUAUUAUGCAUUUUGGACAUCAACAUCCCUUGACGUGGUUCAUGGGAAUUGUUAGAAAUGUAUUUGGAGGUCAACUGCUCUGCAGUGGUUGUAACAUUAAAAUUGGAAGAAGUGGGUUCAGAUGUUGUAUAGAAGAAUGCAAUGGUUAUAAUCUUCACGAAUUGUGUGCAUCUUUACCCAAAGAGAUGAAGGACUAUCCACAACAUGACCCACAACAUCCUUUAAUCCUCUCCACAAGAAGCAAUUUCCGUUGUAAUGUUUGCAAUGUUAAAUACCCGUCAUUGUCCGCGCGGUUGUCAUUACACUAUCGCUGUAAGGUUUGCUAUUUUGAUGUGGAUCUAAGAUGCGCAUUCGUGUCUUUUCUUGUUUGUCCUCGCACUCUGCACAACCACGAAUUGACCCCUAGGCUAUACCCCGAAUCAUUUUUAUGUAGUUAUUGUGGUGAGAAACAUGGAGAAAUAGGUAUUUCCUAUCAGUGCAAAACUUGCUGGUUCUGGAUCCACGAGCAAUGCUACUCACUGCCUCAAAGUAUUGAACAUGAAAGUCAUGUGCAUCCGCUUAAGUUAUGUUAUGAUCUACAAGGAGAGGAGUUACCCAACUAUCUAUGCGGCGUUUGUAAGAAAAUGAUAAACAAGCAAUUGGGUUUCUAUCUUUGUAAGAGAUGUAAAUACACACUUCACACAAAAUGCUCAACUAAGAAAUGGGAUCCACCAAUAAUUGAAGAAGAAGAAGAAGAUCAAAUAAUUCAAUUUCCGUUGCCUUCGAUUGAGGUAGUACAUAACACGCUAGCCCAAUUUAUCAAAAAUAUAUGUCAAUGGAAGGAUGAGGACAAGGACAAGGACGAGGAAGAUUGUAAUAUCCUAAAUCACCCCAGCCAUGAUCAUCCGCUUACCCUUGAGUUUGAUUUAAGCAAGAUUACAAGCUUUAGCAGCACAAGUAGAGGUGAGUAUAAAGUGAUCUGCAAUGGGUGCAUUCUUCCUCUAUUUACGAAUGAUGCACCCUUUUAUAGUUGCAACCGGUGGACAUGUAAUUUCGUUUUACACAAAUGGUGUGCUAAAUUGCCACGUGAGUUAAAGCACCCGGAUCCGGCUCACACAGAACACACACUAAUACUACAAGAAAAGAUGGAUGAAUGCUUUGGCUUCUUUACAUGCAAUGGUUGUCGGGAGAUAGGGAAUGGAUUUGCCUACAAAUGCAAUGAAUGCGAAAACUACUACUUGGACGUUAGAUGUGCUGCAUUUCCUAGACGAGUCAAUCACGAGACUCACAAACACCCUCUCAUUCUUCAGUAUGGGAGAACCAUCGGUGGUUGCUUCUCAUGUGGUGAAACCAAUUUGGAGGAGGUAUGGGGGGAUAGAUUUACUGUCCCAGCGUCUCCAUCCUACUUCACAUUUGGUUGUGAUAUAUGUCAUUUUAGCAUUCAUCCUAGAUGUUUGAUGUUGUCACAAGAAAUUGUACAUUGGUACGACGAACAUGGAUUCAAAUUGACAGAUCCAGCUGUUUUCAUCAGUGAUGAUAAUCAAGGUGCAUUACAAUAUUUUUGUGAAUUUUGUGAGGAGAAUAUACAUCCAGAUAAAUUGACGUACCACUGUUUUGAAUGUGACCAAUGUGCUGAUGCUAAUUGUGUGCGAAAGUGGUUCGGUCUAUUUACAAAACCUAUCAAAUUUGGCGGACUCUAUGAUUCUCAGCUUCAUGAAGAACAUCCCCUAACCUGCAUUUUACCUGGCAAAAAAUUUAAUUGUGAACGUUGCAAAGGAAAAAUCUUGUGGAGGAGGUCUGAAAUUGGCUUUGAAUGUACAGAAUGCCAAAUCAGGUUUGGUCUGAUAUGUAUUAUUAAACAACAACAAAAAUUAUAUGAGCAACAGGGUACCGAGGAUCAAUGGGAACGUAUCCUAAAUUUUAUAAUGGAUUUAAAUUUAAGGUAAUAAAUAAUAUAAAUAUAUAUGUAUGAAAAA